AGCUCAGUAGACGCAGAGGCAAAGAGCAGUGGAGAUGAAUGCUAAGGUCUGUCCACUAGAUGGCAGCAAAUACCUUGAUCAAAGCUGAGGACAAUCUUUCCAUGAUCCAUGAACACAAGAAGCUUUCUUUAAUUUCAUAAUGUUACUGUGCUUGUUAUAUUUUCUUUAUAAAUGUUUUUAUUAUCAAAGACUGUUACUACAAAGUGUACCAACUUUAAAUGGUAUCAAUAGUGUGAUUCUCAUUUGUAUUUUUUGACCUAACGAUUGAUGCAAAAUAAUAAAACACAUUUUUGAAAAGGUUCUCUUUUUUUUUAUGCAUCAUUUUUUGAUUUUCUUGGUCAUUCCAAGAAGCCCAGGGAAAACCCUCUAUGCUGCACUCCUGUUUCUGCUGACGCUGCACACACUUCAGUUACACAUGCAGUAGUAGCUUCCAGCAGAGUGUGUGAAUGAUUAAUGUGCUGCAUUGUGCUGCACUUGGAUAAGGAUGUGGUUUAAAAAAAAUACACUUAAUUGUACCUAUCGCUCUAUUUAGUACUGUUUUAUUGGCAGAUUUUCAGCCAUAUUGAAUCUGGCAGCCUCUACGGAUGAAAAAGCUGCAUUAUGCAGGCUAUUUCUCCUGGUGUUGCAGGAAAGGGACUGCACUGCAUAACACAUGGGAGAGAAACUGGGGCAUUUUGAGCAAGCAAGCAACAUUUCUAUGUAUUGGGAAGGCAGUAUAAUUAAGAGACUGGUGGGAUUAUUAGCGCAAAGCCACGUCAUAGACAAAUUAACAGCAACCCUUAGAUUUCAGAUAUAUAUUUUUCAAUUUCAAUUUAUUUAGAAUGUGGGAUACAUGUGCUUUCCACUGCCUUUUGUUGUAGUCCGCAUCCUGAUAGAUUACCCCCUCGUUGGUAGAACUCCACCCUUAUGGAUGUGAUGCAGGGCUGUGCCCACCAGGGGGCCCCUCCCUCGCUCACAGAGGCUCUGAAGCAGUUCUACAUGCUGUCCUGUCCUGCUACACCUCGCUUCAUAUCCAACCUGAAGCAGCAACCCAGCAACCUGCAACAUAUCUGCAAGACGGAGCUCUUCCACAUCUCCUGCAGCCAUGGCCACUACAGAAACACUGUUUCCAGACCGAAGUGACUUUGAAUAUGAUUAUGAGACUUUGUGUACCACGGGGGUCAUCCUUGCCGUAAUCAUGUUUGUCGCUGGCAUUUUAAUAGCCCUCAUUCCAACUCCUCUGCUACCCCGGUUCCAAAGACAGAGGUGCCUCCUCAAACUGUAUAGAAACUGCAGUGUAUACUUGGAAGGGAGGAAGUCGUCACAGGAACCAUGCCACCGAAGACUCACACAAACUGUUAUGGCUAAUGUACCUCUGCCAGCUGGAUGGGAAAUAAACAGGGUUUUACAACACAUCAUAGCCUGGGUCCCUCUCGUCUCCCUCUGAAGUCUGUUGAAAGUCUUACAAUAAGUGAGCAACAUUUCUAUCCAAAUAAUACUUUGAAUCAAACAAAUGCAAAACAAAUGUCUCUAUUCCUCACAACAGUCUAUAAAACAAUAACAUUAAGAGCAUGAUUAAAUAUUUAUAGACAAAAUCUCGAACUUGAAACAUGGAUUUGCAUGCAUUGAUAAAUUGUUACAAUUGUCUUUUGCCUUUUUUUUUCGUUCGCAAUCACUUUUUAGCAUUACAGAAUAAUGAAGAGAUCCACACAUGGCCAAAUAUAACAUGCUAAAAGGAAAUAUCUAGCAUAGUAUAUUCAUAUUAUUAUAUGUGUUUUAUUAGUAGUAAUUCCUUCUUUUUAACUCAAAAGCAAAAAUUACAAUUUUACCUGUAAUGCUGGAAAAAACAAGACCACUGUUUGAAAUAAAGAUCUCCUCUACUCGA